UUGCUAUAGGGUCCAUAUACACAGGAGGCAUAAUUUGUUUUUCUUUUUUUUUAAAAAAAAGCGCCUCCGGUUAACAGCUGUUACGGAAACGAUGGAUUUUGGGAGCUCCGACGUUAGCUUAUGGAAAAACUCCCUCUCUGCAUACCCAACCCGAAUUCAAUCUCUCAACAAACCAAACCUCGUUUCUCUUGACGAUUUUUACAGAAUCGAGCUUCCUUCUCUGAUUAACCAACGAAAGCCUGACCCAUACAUCACCACUCCCGAGCUCUCCAAGCUAAUGCAAUGGAAACUCUCCCGUGGCAAAUGGAGACCGCGUUUGCUGGAUUUUGUGUCGUCCUUGGACGAAUCGCACGUGAAAUCGGCUUCUCAAAAGGCAUUUGAAUCGCUUCCUGAUGUAUCCAAAGCUGUGUCUGCGCUUACGGUUUUAAAAGGUGUUGGUCCGGCAACCGCCUCUGCCGUUUUGGCUGCUUACGCGCCUGAUGUAGCACCUUUCAUGUCUGAUGAGGCCAUGGAGGCAGUUCUUGGUAACUCUAAAGAUUACACACUGAAGCAGUAUCUAUUGUUUGUUGAUAAAUUGCAGACAAAAUCCAAGGAAUUAAGUUCAGUGGGGGACAUUUUUACACCAUCAGACAUAGAAAGGGCCCUGUGGAGUUCUGCUGUAGGGGCCAAGUUGCUAGCUUUGCAAUCAGAUCCAGACUCCAAGAAGGCUAACACGGCCAGAGACAUCAAGAGAAAGAGAAAACGUUGAUAUAGGGACGUGCCACUUGCACCAAUGCUUGUGCUAAUGAUCGAUCAGUGCCUGCUAACCUCACAUUACUAAUUUUCAGCGCUCUGUGUUGGUUAAAGAGUUGCAAGGUCAGAACUUACAGGACAGCAUUUUGUCCUCAAAUCACUUCUCUGGUACACUUAAUAUGGUCAAUGCAUGUAAUAUUAGGUUGGGAGAUUCGAUCUUAGGUGAGGCAGUUAGCUCUUUCAUUUAUUGUGGAAAGUUGAAGGACUCGCUAAUCUUAUGGGACCUUGUGUAUUAUUAUUUCUCCAAUGCCAUCAAAACAGGGUCCCAGAUCUGUUUGCUAGCUUUGCAGCUGCUACUUCCUCCUCUUCUCUUUUCUUAAAGACCUGUUCUGACCUUACUCCUAACCACAUUUUUUCCUUCUCACCUGGGACCUCCCCCACGAUGGCGAGGGAUGAUUCCAUCAAGCCUAGAAGCUUUGCAGCUAACUUCAACAGAUUCACAUUCGAGAAGUGGAGCGGUGUUGUUUAUUAUAUAAUGAAUCAGGGACCUUAUCCUCUUCACUAGUCAGAUUUGACAUCUUCAAGCUAUGCUAUGUUUCAAGUCAGAUUUAGACUAGUUACAUUUAUGAUACAUUGAAGGUCAGUUUUGAACUCCCUGUAUGCAGACCCAAAUAUUCUUAUACGCUUAAGCAUAAACCAGUGCUUACCUGCCGUGCUUCGAAA